CACUCACUACACACACACUCACCACAGACACACACUCAUACACUCACCACCCACACUCGUACACUCACCACCCACACCUCACUGUUAACACAUGCACGCUACAACCCACGCACACACGCGCACCAUGCAAGUUAAAUAACAGCAGUCAUCACCAACCGAGAACCCCCUGAGCCGCAUUCAUUUUCCUCCUCUCCGGAGCGUCUCGCAUUCAAGUCGAACCUUGACUUCAGCAAAGACCACAACACACAGAGAGAGAGAGAGGCAUGGACCCUCGGCUCGCCGCUCUCUUCCAGGCUGUGCUGUGUCUGCUCCCUACUCCCGGCUUCUCUCAGGUGCCGGCAGUGGCCGCGGGCCCUGACGAGGGCUGGCAGGUCUACAGCUCGGCCCAGGACGCCGAGGGCCGCUGCAUCUGCACCGUGGUGGCGCCGCAGCUGCGGAUGUGUUCGCGAGACGCGCGCAUGCGGCAGCUGAGACAGCUCCUCGACAAGGUCCACAACAUGUCGCAGACGCUGGAGGCGCUGAGCGAGAAGGCGCAGAGCGGCCUGGUGUACGUGCGUCACGUGGAGACGAAGAUGAAGGGCCUCGAAAGCAGCUUCCGUCAGGUGGAGCAGAGCAGGAAAGCGGUGCUGACCGGCAAGCCGCAGGACAAGAAAGGCUGAUUAACGUGAGGGUGAGCGGAAAGGAAGCCCCACGAGAGAGGAAUUCUACGACCUUCAGAGGAGGCACGUUUUCGAGACACCGCAAUGAGAACCGCCGCCGGUAUCUUGUAAAUACUUUGACAAACAAAACAAGAAACUUUCCUCUCUCAAACGAGCCCCAACUGUACCGCUCGCCUGGUGUGGCAGAGCAUCAAGCUGGACGAGUCGAGCGGUCGUUCGUCCGUCUGAGGUUCUUUUUUUUAUUUUCGGAUGUGCCAACUCGUAAGAGACGCCUCGACAAGCAACAGCAAACCCGAGACAAUUUUCCGCUCGCCUCGAACGAUUAAAACAAACACGUAAGUUUGUCCGUGUCAAACCUCAAACUUUGUUUUUUCUCCAACGGUCAUCUACUUAUUAUUUUAGAUGUCGCAUCGAACUUCGGAUAUCUCCGUCCGCUACGCGGCGGAGGAAGUCAACCGGCCGUGGAAGCGUGCGCGGCGCAUCGGAGGUCGCCGCAAAUUUCACGUUUCGCCGAGUGAAAUAUUGACGAACGUUUCACGUGAAGAACAUCCGGACCGUACGUUCAGAAGAUGUCUCUCGAGUUUAAAUAUCGUUAGUUAACGCUGCUUCAAAAAUGAUUUCGCCGUACUCUCCAUCGUUUCUAUGUUGGAGUCCUCAGCUGGUAAAGCGCGAAAGUCACGUCGAUAUUUUGACAAAGUUUUGAAUGAACUCUUGUGAACGGUAAUCAACGCACAACAUGUAGUUUUUUGAGCUUUAAUUUCACAUCCUGCAGUUGGCAGUCGAAUAUCUUGAUUACGUUUGGUAUCUGUACAGUUCAAAUGCUUUUGAGUGUUUAUAUUAAUUGACAGAGUUGUAUUGGUUUCACUGUUCAAGGUGAUCUGUGUUUACAUCUUGAGGCAGUGUUGUUGAGAGGGUGACAUUCAGAAACUACUAAUCACAUCUGAUUACUUGAGGUUUCACAGGUAAUGUGUAAUCCCCAUGUGGUAGUGGGGUGACAUGCAGAUGUUCGCGGUUUGAAUCCAUCGGCCCACCUUGGUUAAUACUGCGGUGCAUCUUAAUCCUUUCCCAUUCCGAGACGUCUGUAAGUGACAGGGAGGGUGUCCGAGACAUCUGUAAGUCGCAGGGAGGGUGUCCCCCGUUCACCACUGAAUCUCGGAACACGCAAGCGGCUCAACGUUAAUUUUAAUCAGAGGCGUAGUAGCACCGCUGUUUAUUAAAGACGUUGUACUCACCGCACAGGACUGUAGCGACAAGACCACCCUGUAUGAUAGCUGGCGCCAACCUGUGCCACGCCCUCCCGCGUGGCCUCGUGUGAGCCUAGGUACCGAUAAAGUUAUUUUUUCCGAUUCCGUUUCGAUGCGGAACGGGAUCGGAAGAAAAUGCGAUGACGUACGUGUACGUCAUCGGAACAGGAAAGGGUUACCCGGUGGACAUUAAAGUUUCCAUGACGUCACUCGACAAGAGGAGUUACCAAUUGUGUCUGCGUCGCGGUCCAAAUUUGAAACUUGUUACCCGCAACCUACUCGAUCGGGGUUACACAUUGCAACACCGCCCACCGCAGGCCGUGCCCGUCUGUGAAACGUGGCGCCUUUCUUCAUGGUAGCCUUACGUCAUCAGAACGGUGCGAAUACCACGUUUAAUAAUAACGAUCUGAUUACUUACCCCAUGAUCCAUUCACAUACCAUAUUAUUACACGAUGAAUUGCAGCCUUCUUUGAAUCCACUGCUGGAUGAAGGUCUUACCAUUCCGUAAGUUGGGGAUGCUUUUUUUAAUUAUUUUACUAUCCUUCACCGCGCUGGUCAGCGCCUAUUGGUGAAGAUGGCCCCAGGACGGGUUUGAACAUCGCACACCGGUCAUGAGAACUGUGGCCAGGAAUUGAACUCAGGUGACCGCGUUUAUAGUCCAGUGUGAGAGCCACUACUCCACUACUCCAUCUCACGGACAGAUUGAUGGUUGGCCACUGCUGAUGUCUUCACGUAAGCGCAGGAUGUGUUUUGAUCGUUGAAAUAUACGUCGCUUUGCCCUUGAAUCACGCAAUUAC